CACACACACAACGGCCUGGUUACCGUAGCCGGAGAGAACACACGCUGCUAGACGCCAGGCAACGCUGAGCUGUCAGGGGGUGCAGGCAGAGAGAGAGAGAGCGCCUGAGGUGUCGUAAUAUGGUGGUCAACUGACCCUCCAACCUCCCUGCCGCUGACCAGACUGAAGACGUGGCAUAUACAGGGCUGAAGAAAUCCCAGAGAUGAUUGGCUGUAGAAGCUGAGACUCGACGAGACAGAGGAUCUUGAACUCGGUGCUAUUCUGAAAGUUCAACUGGCUGUAUUGUAUUGGUGCUGUUGACGUGUCGAGGGUCUUCCUCGGUGUUGGCGCGUGGCCUUCUCUGUGCUGCGGUGGAGGGCUUCACAGACGCAGCUAGUGUGGCUGGAUGCAUCACGCAGUAGAGCAGUUUGGCGGGCGUGGCACACGGGACUCCUUCCCUCUGGACGGACUCAGCCGGGGAACAUGGGCUCCCGUGGGCGGCCACGUCACCUGGGCGCCACCUGCCAGGUGUCCGCCAGGUGUCAAUCAACACCAGCUCCUACCCCAUCUACCGCCCAGUCACAUGGGUGGACUGAACCAUCCCAGUAAAUUCUUCAAUAAUGGGCCCAUGCAGGUGCGUGGCAGUGAGAAGCAGGAGCUGGCCCAGGCCAUGUUACCUGGCCUCCAGAGAGCGGACCAGCAACACCUCCCUCCUCCCCCUCACAGGGCGUGGGAACAGCCGGGUCAGCUGUACGAGUCGCCCCCCCCUCCUCAUCCAUCCGUACCCCUGCCCAGCGACCACGUGACCCGUCUGCAUGGCGGGUAUAGCCCCGGGCCUCCCGCCAGCCUGCCCCCCAGGCCCAAUCAGCUACUGAAGUAUGUGGACCCUCAGGAGCAGCAUCUUCUCAGGGGUCCGACAUCGCUGGGUGAUGAUAUGUGGGCUCAGGUGCAGCAGAGGGGUUACCCAGGGAAGAUGUUGGGAGGGCAGCUGAAGAGACCGGCCCCCCCUCUCGGGGAGUACUCGGUCAUCCGGCACACCCCGCACCCCUCCUCUCGCCCCAAUGAGGACUGCCCCAGUCCCAGCAAGAGGAAGAGGGGCUCUGAGCAGGUUCCACACCCAGGCAUACAGAGGUUCUCUGGCCCAGGAGGGCACCCCCUGCCCCCACAGCAGCAGCCCCCGUCCCACUACCCCCCUCCUACACCCAAACCUGCUUUCUGGAACCCCAUGCACAAGGCGAGUGGCGCCCCCCGGGCCCAGCCCGAACGCAAGAACGGUUCCCCUGAGUUCCAGGUCCGAGCCGAGUCAGUCAAGUCCUGCAUGGGCGGCUACACCUACAAACCUCCCGCCCCCUCGCCCAUCUCCCCGCCCCUCACCUCCUCCCCGGGAGGCUACCCUCAGAGGCACAGCGGGCCCCACCCACCCCACAAGCCCUCAUUCUCACCUCAGGCCCUCAAUCAACCCCCCCACAACAACCCCCACAGCUCUCACCCGCAGUACCCUAAACAACCAGCCCCGCCCCGCAUGGGGAUGGAGCCCAGGGGAGGUCCUCCUACCCCCCAGAGAGGCCCUACCACUGGGGGUAGGGGAGUCAACAACCAUCCGCCUCCUCACCACCACCACCAACCUCCAGCAAGGGGGGACAGGGACAGUAGGGAGCCCCAACCCUCACCAGCAAACCACACCGGCGUGCCUUACAGCCACAACCCCCACUUCCAGCCCCACCCCGGGCUGAGCCACACUGCCCCCCACCCCCCUGCCAGCAGCACAGCAGUACCUCAGCAGCACAACCCCAGUCCCUCCCACCACGAGGCCUGGAGGACCCAGGGACAGGGGCAGGGCAGGCCACAAAACAACCACCCCCUGGAGUCGGGUCACUACAGGGCAGGGCUGGUACCUCAGGGGCAGCAGAACCAGGCUGGGGAGACCCGGGGUCCCGCGUCCCUCCAACACCAUCAGCACCCCCACAUCAGCUCCCCUCAGGUUCCAACCAGAACCCCCGUCAUCAUCUCCACCCCCCAGGCCCUCUGCUCACAGUCCCAAAACAACCGCUACAACAACAUUAGUAGUAUUACUGGACCUGCACUCUCCACUGUGAUCACAGCACCACCUGCUGUGUGUUCUGCUAACAGCACCUGUAGGAGAGGCAGGGAGACGAUGUCACUGCCCCACCAGUCCUCAGCUGCGUCUCAGCUGGAGAGAGACCCAGAGAGGAGCCCCAUCCACCCCAUGCUGCACCCAGGGUAUCAGGGAGCCCACGCGGGCACUGCCAACCACCCACACCGGGCGCCACCCAGGCCCCAGCAGCAGCAGUUCCCUAGCCAGCACCACCAACAGUCUGUCCAGGGGAAGUCUUACUAUGGACGGUCUGAUCCAGAUGGCACUCCGGCCUCCUCUUCAUCCUCCUCUUCGUCAUUCUCAGGACACCAGAGGGCAGGGGAGAGCGUCAUCACCAGCAGGGGGUCUCACCCCAGCCCCCUCACCCAGACGGAGGUCACUAGCUCGCCCUUGCACCGCCCCAUGCCCGCCCCCCAACCCCACACUGUCAGCUCUGCCUCCCAGCCAGCCUCCAGCCCCUCCUACUCCAGACUCUGUGUCCAGCCUGCCCCCCAGGCUACCACCACCUCCUCAGCCAAGGGGUAUCUAAAUUCUCGACCCCAGCCACCUCCACCCUCAGCCCCCCAGUCCAUGGAGGAGGCUCUGGAUAAACUGGAUGCUGAGCUCCAGGGUCAUAUGCAGGCCGAGGAGAGGAGGGAGAGGGAGCAGGAAGAGCGGAAGAGGAGGGAGAGGGAGCAGGAAGAGAGGAAGAGGAGGGAGUGGGAGAGAGAGCAGGAAGAGCGGAAGAGGAGGGAGAGGGAGCAGGAAGAGAGGAAGAGGAGGGAGUGGGAGAGAGAGCAGGAAGAGCGGAAGAGGAGAGAGUUGGAGAGAGUGGAAGAGGAGAAGAAAAGAAGGGAAUGGGAAAAAGAGCAAGAGGAAAGGAAGAGGAGGGAUUUGGCGAGGGAGCGAGAGGAAGAGGAGAGGAAGAGGAGGACUGAGUUGAUGAAAGAGGAGGAGAGGAAGAAGGUGGAGGAGGAGAUGAGCCGGAGUAGUAAAAGAAGAGAGGAGUCUGCCAUCGAGAGUCUGGAGAGACUCCUGUCCGGCAACUCCUCUGCUCCUCCACCUCCUCGCCUGUCCACCGUCUCCUCCUUUGUCCCACCCACCCCCAGCCAGCCAUCCUCCUCGCCCCCCUACCCCUGGCUGAGCCGGGGCGGGGCUCCCCCUUGUCCCCCAGGCCAGGCACCACCACCUCCCGCCCCCCUGGAGAUGUCACGGCCGCCCCCUCUCACCCCCCAGACGGAGUACGCCAGGGAGAAGCAGAGGCAGAGAGAGAUGUGGGGUGAAACCCCCCCCUCGUCAUUACACACUAGUAACGUCACCUCAGGGAACAACGCCCUGACCUCGUCGGGGCCCUUUUACCCCAACCACCCCUCAAAUAAGACCUUGACACAAGGUGCCCCCCGCCCAUCCAAAGACACCCAUCCCAAGGAGAACGAUAGUCAGCAGACCCGAGGGGGAGCGAUGGGCGCUGUGGAUCCCCUCCACACCUCCAGCACGGUCACCCUCCGAGAGCCCCCCAAACUCUUCCAGGCAUUCCCCAGGGAUAGCCUUUCGUCUGGGCCCAACACCUCCAGGAUCAGCAGCAGCACGUCCAGCACAGGGGGCCUCCCCAACAAGCGCAUGCCCAGCGGAGGCCUAGGCAGCCUGGGUUGCAGCACCAGCAGCAGCACGUCCAGCACAGGGGGCCUCCCCAACAAGCGCAUGCCCAGCGGAGGCCUAGGCAGCCUGGGUUGCAGCACCAGCAGCAGCACGUCCAGCACAGGGGGCCUCCCCAACAAGCGCAUGCCCAGCGGAGGCCUAGGCAGCCUGGGUUGCAGCACCAGCAGCAGUAACAGCGGCGACUCCGACAGCGCCCAGUUUGAGGAGGAACCCUUGGAGCUCUCAACGUUACUCCCGGACGGUCUGGCCAACAUCAUGGCCAUGCUGGAUGAGUCCAUCAAGAAAGAGGAGGAAUCUCUGUACUGCAGCGACCGAAACGGUGCUAGGGAGACCAUCAUAAAUGCCUUCUCUGCUAUGCCGCCGGCCAAGAGCUAUCUGUGCGCCCCGGACCUCAUCCCAGCGCCCAAUCAGCAACCGCAGGACGACUUUGUUGGGACGAACGUCCACGCCAGCCCCCCUGUACUGAGCCGACAGGGCUCCCUGGCCUCCCCCUGCAGCCGGACCUCCUCCAUCAACGAGGAAGACGAGGAGGGUUGUCUCGCCCUGAAACCCGCUUUGGAGCUCCACGAGCCAGCCGUCCCCCUCAACUCCGACCCCCAGUCAGGGACUAACUACAGCCACAGCGAUCUGGCUAAACUCUACGGUCUCCCGGAGCCUGUGAAGAGCGAGGGUGAUGACGAGGAUGAGGAAGAUGAGUCGGAGACCCCGUCCAGUUCCCCUCCCCCGCCCCAGAGGCCCCACCUCCACCAGACGGGGGUGAGCAGCACCUUCAAGUCUCAGGCCGCCCUAGAGAACCAGAAGUACGCCUACCGAGGAGGUCCGUUUGGCCGCCCGCCCCCCUCUGCUCUGGGGGGACUGAAGUACUCCUCCUCCCUCUCUCUGGGUCCCGACAUCCAACAGCAGCAGAAUAGCACCUCCCCCACCUCGGAUUCCACCAAUCACCCAGGCUUCACGCUGUCUACGGCCCCUCCCCUAAAGACCCGCCCACACUCCCCCUCCAGCUGGGAGGCAAAGAGACAGGUCAAUAUCAAGAUGGAGGAGCCUGAUAUCUGGAGAGAUGGGAGAGAGGCCAUGGAGAAGAGGCUCCAUUCCACGAGGGUGGAGUCCAAGUGUUAUACCUCUACACAACCCAUCAAGAUGGAGCCCAAGGAAGAGGCCACGCUUACAACCAUCUCCGAGUCUUCUCUGGCCGAGCUGGGCCGAAGCUGUGAGGUUCUCCUGACCCGACACUCCAGCUCCCUCCCCAGAAAGAACCCCUCCGACAGGACCAAGACUGAGCUCAAACAGGAGGGCAGGCACCACAAGCCCGAGAGAGAGCGGGAACGACACCGAGAGAAGGAGAGGAAACCCGGCCGGAGCAAGAAGCACGGGGAGAGGAAAGAGGGGAAGAAAAAGCCGAGGGAGAAACGAGACGAGAUGUCCUCCUCCUCCUCUUCGUCCUCUCACUCCUCCUCCUCCAGUUCCAGUUCGAAGCGGCACAGGCACAAAGAGAAGAAGGACCACCGGCGGAUCCUCGGGAACCUGGACCUUCAGCGUAAGGAGAUCCGGGAGAAGGACCGCGACCGCGCCGACAUGAGGAGGAAGGAGGCUGGGUCCACCAGCGAAGGUGAAACCUCCGAAUGGGCGUCCCGUAGUAGAAGUGAAAGAAGUUCAGGAGUCAUGUCCUGUUCUCAGGACAGAGGGGCUGGAUCUACACUGCAGGGUUCAGCCGCUGACUUCAUGAAGCUGAAGGCCCUGUCGGACGGGCCGCCCAAGGAGCUGAAGAUCAGGCUGAUCAAGGUGGAGAGCGGCGACCGAGAGACGUUCAUCGCCUCUGAGGUGGAGGAGAAGCGGACACCCCUGGAGGAGAUCAGCAUCGAGAACACCGCCGCAGAGGUCAUCAGGGCCUGCAAGGGUGCGAGGGUGAAGGGGAAGUUCAGAGAGUCCUACCUGCUCCCUGCGUUCUCUGUCAAGCCGCUAUUUACUACAGAGCCCCUCCCACGGGAUAAACUCAACCCCCCCACGCCCAGCAUCUAUUUGGAGAGUAAGAGAGAUGCCCUCUCCCCUGUACUACUGCAGUUCUGUACAGACCCCAAGAACCCUGUUACUGUCAUCAGAGGACUGGCCGGGUCCCUACGACUCAACCUGGGUCUGUUCUCCACGAAGUCUCUGGUAGAUGCUAACUCUGAGCAUGCUGUGGAGGUGAGGACCCAGGUACAGCAGCCUGCUGAUGAGAACUGGGACCCCAGCGGCACGGGGCAGACCUGGCCCUGCGAGAGCAGCCGCUCACACACCACCAUCGCCAAGUACGCCCAGUACCAGGCUUCAUCCUUCCAGGAGAGUCUGCAGGAGGAGAAGGGUAGUGAUGAAGAGGCUGAGGAAGAUGAGGAAGACAAGGAGAAGACUAGUAAGGAGACCAGCCCUGAGACACCUAGCAAAGAACCCACAAGUAAAGAUGCUACCAGUACUGAACAGAAACCAGUGGGGAAGAUAAUCAAGUUUGGCACCAACAUUGACCUGUCAGACCCCAAGAGGUGGAAGGCCCAGCUGCAGGAGCUCCAGAAGCUUCCGGCCUUCAUGCGCGUGGCGUCCAGCGGCAACAUGCUGAGCCACGUGGGUCACACCAUCCUGGGUAUGAACACUGUCCAGCUCUACAUGAAGGUCCCCGGGAGCCGCACGCCUGGCCACCAGGAGAAUAAUAACUUCUGCUCUGUGAACGUCAACAUUGGGCCGGGAGACUGCGAGUGGUUCUCCGUGCACGAAAACUACUGGCCAGCCAUCGACGACUUCUGUGAAAAGCACGGAGUAGACUACCUGACUGGUUCCUGGUGGCCUGUUCUGGAGGACCUGUACCGAUCCAACAUCCCCGUGUACCGCUUCAUUCAGAGGCCCGGGGACCUGGUGUGGAUCAACGCAGGGACCGUCCACUGGGUCCAGGCUGUGGGCUGGUGCAACAACAUCGCCUGGAACGUGGGCCCACUCAACUCCUACCAGUACCAGCUGGCCCUGGAGAGGUUUGAGUGGAACGAGGUCAAGAAGGUCAAGUCCAUUGUCCCCAUGAUCCACGUGUCCUGGAACGUGGCCCGCACCGUCAAGGUCACCGACCCCGACACAUACAAGAUGAUCAAGCACUGCCUCCUGCAGUCCAUCAAGCACAUCCAGGUUCUGCGAGACCAGCUGGUAGCAGCAGGGAAGAAGAUCUCCUACCAGAGCCGAGUGAAGGACGAACCAGCUUACUACUGCAACGAGUGUGAUGUGGAGGUGUUUGACCUGCUGUUCGUGACGUCUGAGAGUGGCAGCAGGAAGACCUAUGUGGUCCACUGUGAGGACUGUGCCCGCCAGAGAAACCCCAGCCUCUCCAACAACGUAGUGGUGUUGGAGCAGUACCGCAUGGAGGAGCUAAUGAGUACCUACGACGCAUUCAGCCUGACUGCAGCCCCGAGUACACGGUGAUAAAGCUCCUCCCCCUCCAUGUCUCACAGCCAUAACCAAAACUCCUGCCAGACAGGACUUAACAUCUUUAAAAACCUUCUUUUUUUUCCCCCCUUUGUUAUUUAAGAUGUUUUUACUACUGCUAAUACUUGCCGAUCAAACAGCCAAUCGAAAACCAGUUUACUACUCAUCACUGUUUACAAAACCGAACCGCCAAUCAAAUGCCAGUUUACCCUUGUUGUAGACUGUUCAUGAGCAGCGUUCUGGUUUCCGGAGGACUUGAAAAAAAUGGAAAGGCAGUUGGUGCUAGUUGCCAUUGUGAACAAGCAACAAAGGGUUGACAGUUAUCAAUGGCAUGAAUUUUAUUAUUUCCAUAUCUUUUCUUUUUUUUUUAUCAUGAAUUCUGAAAUUUGUAAAUGCUGUGUAUUUUAUGUGGGGUGCUGUUUGUUUUUUUUCUAAAAUAACGUAUUUUCUUUAAGACUAGAUCAGCCCUAGAUAUAUACCACAUUGGCCUUGUGACUUGUAUUUAGAAGAUAAAUAAGAUGCAUUUUUUUUCUAAAAGCAUUAAGAAUACGGACACACAAUAAAAAUACAAUUGUUUGAAAUGCUUAGAAACAUACGGGUUUUAAAGUCUUUUUUUAGAUUUUCUGUUUAGUCUUUCUUACUCUUGUAUGUGUUGUGUUUUUACAAAUGUAUAAUGUUUAUUUCCACGGGAACGCGAAAGAGUCAAUUGUCACAACUCUUUAGGAGUACAUCAGGUCUUUUUGUUUUAAUGAAUUGCUUCCAUUUUUGCAUCGUUUUGUACCUCUGAUUUUGUUAGUUUUUUGCUUAAUAUACAGAUUUAUCAUUUGUCUUCUGGAUUUUACAUUGUACAAUUCUUUAUUUAAAAUGUUUCUUAUAUUUAUAGGAUGUCAAUGUUCUCCCCUUACUUUUAUUAGGGUUUGAAAGUCCUCUGUAACAACUGAAAGGGUGUGUUAUGGGAGGACAAGGUUCUCUGGUGCUUCUUCUGGUUCUAUAUAUAUAUAUAUAUAUAGAUAUUUCUAAUGAAUAUAACUUACACUUUCCCUGUAGUUGAUAGGAUCCACAGCCGAGGUUGAGUUGACGAAUGGAGAUGGUCUUUUUAAUGCGUGGGGGGGAAAUUGUCAUUGUUUUUCAUUCUUUUUAGGGGGCUUUUAUUUUUAAUUUUUUUUAUAUAUAUAUAUUAUUGUAAUCUGUUGGAAUAUUGACUUAUGGGAUAGAAAGGUGCUACAGUUUUCGGAUAAACUAUUUUUGUUUUUCCUUCAAGAUAAAUUCUAUUUUUCCUGUUGCAAUAUACCUUCCUUUUCCUUCUCUUUGUGGUCAUUUAUUUAAAAUGCACUCUUUAGAACACACACACACACCAAACUGAGCCAGACAUUUCUUAAACACUUUGUGAAUUUGUGUGACAUUUUACUAUGACUUAUUAAUAAAUAAACGCUUUUGAUAAAGCCAAAAAUGUG